AUGGCGGAUUUUCGGUCGUUUGAUGAGCUGGAUUUGUUCUCGGAUUCCGAACAUGAAGAAGAUUUCUCAAAGUUUCUAAGUGAUCCGGAGGAAACCGAGCAAGAAUACGAGUCGGAAGAUGAGGAGGAGACGGAUUGGGAUCUAAAUCUGAAAAAGUCAGAUGUAGUAGAGCUUCCGGAUGGCGCAGAAAUUGGGUCUUCCGCUCCACGAGACGAAGAAAAUUCGCUUCUGGAUUCUCUUCUCGGCGAAGCGCUGUCGGGAGAUCAAAUAAAUCCAUCUGUAGAUGGAUUAUUCGAUGAUUUGAGUCUCUCUGACUAUGAGCCCGAAAUAAUCGAUCGCGGAUUGCUGGAAACCGAGGAUAGUGGCAUCAGUACUGGCGCUAGUCGAUCGGUUUCGGUGGAGACAUCUGAGGAAUCCACGGAAGACAAUGUAUUGGAUAUGUCAUCGAUUGAUAAAUAUCUGCAAUAUAUCAAUGAGGAGGAGCAUGAAGUCUCGGUGGAUGAUCUACCGGAUUUCGCAUCGAAAAAAAAUGUGUACGGUACCAGUUUCAAUGUCCGCACCGGGAACAUCUCUCGCCCACCGCGAUUCGAAUUCGCUCGUCGUGACGAUCGCUGGAUCAAUUCUUGUAAAGUGUUGACUUAUGAGAACGAUAAACCACUCAAUGAAUUGCUGACUCUCGGGAAGAAAGUGCCCACCGUGAAGCGUGGAAUGACUAUCAAUUCCACCUGCAAAUUCACAGACGUCCAUUGUCGCAGCGCCCAGGAAAUGGCUGAAAUGGAGACUCACGAUAUCCAACAAAUCAUUCGAGACGCGUUCAACGCUCAACGUCUUGCUGUAAUUCUGUUUGGAGUCGAAAAAGACGGAAAAGUGACUGGAUGUGUGUUGAAUGCGGGGAAACAGGACAAUCUACGUCUCGCUUUGGAUACGGCGGUGCAGACGGAGUUCGUGCCACCGAUUGAGAACAUUUUGGACGCGAUCGAUGUGCAAUUCUUGCCGGUGGACGGUGUGGAGAACACGUUUUUGAUUGUGAUUCGAAUUAAGCAGCUCCGCAAUCAGAAAUAUCGAUUGGAAUCUUCAGUUUGA